AGCACAUGGCAGGCAGGACCGCCACCCUCGGGGAUGGGAGAGCUGAGGCACCCCCAGCAGGAGUCCUCACCCCACAGGUGGAGGUUUCCCAAGGCUUAUCACAAAGGAACCCCUAAAUGUAAUCCCAUCUCCUGAGAUGCCAGCUUCUCCACACUGAAGUGCAGUUUUUUUUCUACAGGUGCGGCGGCUGCCAGUAUCUAGAGGAGCCCACGUCUGGCUGGGCUGUGAGUCCCGGAUGGAGCAGGCGCCCAUGGAAGCUUGGCCACAGAGGAGUGGAGGCUGGGGUGCUGGUGCUGUAGGAGGGCCUGCCUGCCUGCCUGGCUGCUUUGUCCUGUCAGUAAGCAUCCUCCCCAGCAAGACCUGUAAAGCCGCCUUCGUGCCCUGUGCAACGACCCCGAGGACACGGCAGAGGAAGUGUCCCAGGCAAUGGGCCACUCCUCGUGUUCGGCUAAGGUUCUGUUUCCUACAUCCACCCAGAAGCAAAGCAGAACCUACAGGAAGCCCAGACAGCAGGUGCCAAGUUAAGAGACGUGGAUACUGACAGGUGCGUGGGAGCAGCAAGGGCAGGCCAGGGGUGAUGUGUGGGGGCUGGAGGCACCAUGCCCUUCUCUGGAGACCUGCACCUUCCCAGGCUGAUGGGGGAGUGGUCUCCUGAGCUGAAUGUCCCCUCACCGCUAGGAAAGUGUGACUAUGUGACUCAGCACCCUGAUUCUCAAGCUUGGUCACCUUGCUGGUCCUCUGUGAAGUCAGCGCACAUUUAUCAUCUCUUCCCGGGACGUGAUCACCCAGCCGCAGCUGCAAGGAUUCCAGCAGCCCUCAGGCCUUCGCUGGUGUCCCCCCAAGAGGCCACUGGAAGACGGCUCUGCUCCCCCCACAACUGCCCAGCUGGGGCUGUGAAGAGAGCAGCCCUGAGCACCUCUGUUUCAGAACCUGGUAUGCAGAAUAGUGCCCCCGACCCCAGCAGAACUGACAGCAUCCAGCAGAGAAGAACCCCCGAGUCAGUGAAUCCUGGCAGCAAGGACGCAGAACAGAGUGGACAACAGCUGUUUCCAGCAGAAGCCAUCCUGCAGGGGCAGGAUGGCAUGAGCCUGGGAGACCUCACGGCACCUGGGCAAAGGACAGCUUCCUCUGGCCCAAGGUAUCACACAGCAGGCAGGCUGCCCUUGGCCUGUCACUGCCACCAGAAGCCUGUGUCUGGGGCACAGGGCUUCUUCAGUUCCUGGCGAGGGUGACAGAGCGUAUUACACAGGACCAGAUCAGGAGGCCAGAAUCUAUGAAGUAAGGUCAGCAUGAAGGGACUGGACAACAGGGCUUUCCAACCACGGACCCCAGCUUUCACUUCAGCAACCCCUGCAAACUGAAAUCAGAUCUCCAGCAACACACAGAUAGGUCAUCCACUCUGCUGGUCCAGCCCAUCUGGAGGCCUCAAAGCACCCCUCAGGCCCCCAUCCCCGAACCCUGGCGACCAGUGGGCAGAGCAGCCACCUGACCCAGACCAGAGACAAGUGGGCCCAGCCACACCCACCAGACUCAGCCCAAGGUGGAGCUGGCCAGCACCCCACACCAGUCCUGCUCUCACUGGGGUACUGAGGACUCCAGAGUCAUGGCAUGGGUGGCUCACAGAGUGCUACUCUGCUUUAGUCCAUGCCCAGCAGGUGGCCAAGCACCUGUGUGGUCACAAAGGUGGCCUCCAGCACUCAGCAGGGUGUGUUCUCAGAACUCCAGGAUCUGGAGCUGGCUCUGCCCCUCAGGGAAGCACAUGCAGCCACCUCUGUCCCCAGGUGGGGGCAGUGAGACUGUCGUAAGACUAAGCAGGAAGCCUGGUGUGUGGUGGUCAGGUAGGUGUGUGCAAAGUUAAGCUCUGGGGAAAAUAAAAAGAGCAAUCUGAAGCAGGUCCCAGUCCCACCAAGACUGGCACUGGGCAACGGCAGUGGGCAGGAGGAUGCCCCUUCCGGACUGUCUUGGGUGCAUAUUCUCAGCAGGCUGGCCCCGGGGGCGGGGGGCUCUGGGGCACAGCUGAGGAGCCACCACUGGUGGCUCAGAACCAGGCUGCAUCUCCCAGCAGGGGGCGCCAGAGGGACGCAGGCACGCACCAGGGAGCCCUAGCAGUGGGGGGCGGGGGGAAUGACUGCAACCUCUGGCCCCUUGGGGAGGACUUCAACCCACCUGCCCAGAUGACUGCUCACCAGGAAAGGCAGGCAGGGUCAGUGACCCGGGCUGCAGGCAAGGUGCCCAGUACUGGCCCGAAGGACAUGACGCUCCCCAUUACUGGAGUCUGGUUUGCCCCAUGAGUAAACCAAACGGCUAAGAGAGCUGUACGGUAGGCCCCUGGGGGGUCACAGUCACGCGGGGUGGGGGAGGCCUCUGCUCCAGCAGGCAGCUCAUACCCUGCUGGUGAAGGGUCACUGGUCCAGCAGGACCCGUCCCCGAAGGGGCGAUGAGGACCAGGAGGAGGGCGAGUGCUGUGCUCUGCGUUGAGCCUCUGCACACAGUCACCCCCCAGGCCUCAUGCGGAGGUGAUCCCAGCCCCCGGCCGCCCCCUCCUGGGGCAGCAGUCUUCCUGCAAGUGACAGGAAAGCCCUGCAGGAGGACAUUGACCUGCAGAUGCCCAGCAUCCAAGAAGCCUGAAACCAAACAACACUGCACCCUGCACAAACCAGAACUGGCCAAGGCGCUCAAGCCUAAGCACGUGUCUGGGCUGGCCUGUGUCCUCUGCACCAGACCUGAUACAGAGGGUCCCUGGGAGGAUGCCCACGACUCUCCUUGUGAAGGACCCCAUGGAGGCGCUGGACCACCUUCCCGGUAACCCAGUCGUAACCCAGCUGGCACCACCAACCCCACCACCCUGCAGCAGUGGCCUAUAGCCCAUGAGCCUGUGUGCCUACUCAGGGCUGGGAGCCCAGG